UAUGGCCGCGCAACUGGGUAUGGAUUUGGAGAAAAUUGUAAUUUGACAGCACUCACCGGGGCUGCGAUAUCAUCCCAUUUCCACCCCAGGAGUGUACGGAACAGAUGCAUUUGAAUGAAGGGACCCGCGAAUCCACGGGAUGAUGUCAGUGAGCUGAGGAAACGUCCAGAGUUUGAAACCCGUCAUGUCGUUUUUCAAGAGGAAAGCCAAAAGCAAAGAACCUGAGAGAGUGACUGAUGCGAAAGUCAAUAGAGCUCCAGCCAGCCCUCACUCUCCAUCACUAGGACUGAGGAACCACCAUGCAAUCCAGGAAGCUGCCGGGCCCAGCCAUGUUGCCAUCAACGCCAUCUCCGCCAACAUGGACUCGUUUGCCCGCGGUCGCACCGCCAUCCUCAAGAAGCAGCCGAGCCACAUGGAGGCUGCACACUUUGGAGAUCUUGGUCAUUCUAGUGUGAACUAUCAGCCCCAAGAGACCCGCUCUCGGCUGUCCAAGACGGUAGACCACGUUCUUCGGGACCACGUCGCGAUACCCCACUAUAUGCAUUUCAUGGAACUACGGGGCGCUGACCACCUGGUUCGGUUCUGGCUGGAGGCUGAGAGUUUCCGCUCAACCAGCUGGUCGCGGGUCAGAGCGCACAGCCUAAACUCUGUCAAACACAGCUCGUUGGCCGAGCCCGUCCCCGCCUCCUCAGGCGGCUCAGAGCUCCAGGAGCUUGUCCAAUACACUCCGAAUGCCCUCGCCCAGGACAGUAGCAGUCAAGGCCCUACAGUGCCGUCAGAGCGGCGGGACUCCUCCAGCGCAGAAGCAGGCCUGAGACCCGGCACCCCUCGAGCAGAAACACCAAGCAGGCAGGCGCCCUCCAGGACGGGGACGCCCUACAAGGUGCAGCCAAACAGCAGCCUGCGAGACCUCUCUGACAAACUCAUGAAAGGUAUAGAGAAAGAUGCAGUUACCAUCUUCACCAAGUACAUCUCUCCAGACGCUGUGAGGCCCAUCCCCAUCACAGAACAGAUCAGAAACGACAUAGUUGCUAAGAUAUGUGGCGAGGAUGGCAUGGUGGACCCAAACUGCUUUGUCAUUGCACAGUCGGUAGUCUUCACCAUCUUGGAGCAACAGCACUUUAGUGAAUUCCUGCGGAGCCAUCAUUUCUGUAAAUACCAGAUUGAAGUGUUGACUAGUGGCUCUGUGUUCCUGGCUGACAUCUUGUUCUGUGAGUCAGCUCUCUUCUACUUCUCUGAGUACAUGGAAAAGGAGGAGGCGAUGAAUGUACUGCAGUUCUGGCUGGCGGCGGACAACUUCCAGAACCAGCUAGCAGCUAAAAAGGGCCAGUAUGACGGCCAGGAGGCUCAGAAUGAUGCCAUGAUCCUCUAUGACAAGUAUUUCUCACUCCAGGCCACCAACCCUCUGGGCUUUGGCGACUCUGUGCGGAUGGAGAUAGAGUCGAAUAUCUGCCGUGAGGGAGGGCCGCUCCCCGACUGUUUCACCACUCCACUCAGACAGGCCUGGACGACCAUGGAGAAGGUCUACAUGCCAGGCUUCCUGUCUAGCAACCUUUACUACAAAUACCUGAGUGACCUCAUCAACUCAGUGCGGGCAGACGAGUUUGUGAAUGUCAGCACUCCAGGUCAUGGCGGGCCCGCGGACAACGACCGUACAGGUUCAAAUGCCAGCGAGGGCUCUCAGACUCAGCAAGGUGCCAGAAAGGCAGCGAUCAAGAUCCUGAAAAACUUUGACGAGGCGAUCACGGUGGACGUUGCCAACUUGGACCCAGAGUCUUUGUACCAGCGGCCAUAUGCUGGAAAGAUGACGUUUGGGAAGGUGAAUGAGUUGGGCCAGUUUAUCAGGGAGGCAGAGCCAGAGCCGGACGUGAAGAAAUCCAAAGGUUCCAUGUUUUCUCAAGCCAUGAAGAAAUGGGUCCAAGGCAACUCGGAUGAGGCUCAGGAGGAGAUGGCAUGGCAGAUUGCCAAGAUGAUUGUCAAUGACGUCGUCCACCAGUCCAACCACGACAGCCCCGGCAAGGCCACCAAGUUAUGACCCCACUGAGGAACGAAAGGACUGUCGCCCCCUGCAGACGCUGGCCAAGCCAGUGACAAACUGUACACAGGGUUCACCUUACAAUGAACUGAAUUACUCUGAGAACGAACAAGGCUUUUAUCAUCUCCCCAAUCUCCAUGUGUCUGUACGUAUUUGUGUAGCUGUGAGCUUGGGUGAGUGAUUGUUCACGCAUGGGCUAAUGGAAAAAAGUUGAAGUACACCAUGGUUCCAGUCUUUCCAACUCCAUAACACUAUAAAGGUACACGUGUAGCUGGCCAAGCGCUUGCAUCGGACUGGAGCGAGUCACUCCUGAUGAGGGAAACGUUCAGCGUGAUGCUAGGCCCGCAAUCACCGCAUUGCUGUAGCCAUACUGUCAGGAAAGCGUCCUGUCUUGGACCUGCGGAGGAUGUGACAAAAGACUGAAUUACCCUCACUCCCUCUUGAUGCAGCUCCCCACACCUUUUAUAACCAUUCCUUGUUUUUAGAUGAAAUUCUCUCUUAAGGGUCAAGCAUUUAAGGCUUGAAAAUCGCUUCCCUCAGCCUGCCUGGAGUAGUUUGUCUGCUGUUCACUGAUGUGAGCUGUCUUACUUUGGCCGUUUUACGUACUGUAGAGCAUCUGGAAAUGUGACCAUGAAUCAGACGGAGAGCUGAAUUUUUGUUCUUGGACUGGCUGACCUCCUGUAUGAACCUCCUGGCAUCUUUACAGAGCAUAGAAGAAGAAAUACUCCCCUAAUGAACUUAAGUGCUCCAGUUGUGUUGGAAAACUCGAAACUCCAUUUCCUAAAUGUUAUAUAUAUAUAUAUAUACACACACACACACAGUAUAUAUAUGUAGAUUUCUGGUUUACCCCAUAUAUUAAUGUUAGUCCUUUUUUUAUGGUGAUCGCUGUUUUUUUUUUUUUUUUUUUUUUUUUAAAUGCAUCGCUGAAACGAAUGUCAGUGAUGACCAGACUUUACAACUGGAAGGUGUGCUUCAGUGAAUUAAACCUUUUUUUUAAUUUGUUUUGAGCCUUACCAAGACGUGGAAAAGAACCAGAAAAGACUCUUGGUACUAUGUACCACUACAGUUUUCUGACAUGUAUGUGUACUUAAUCUAUAAUAUAUUUAAAUUGUGUUUGAUUUAAAUACAUAUAUUAUGAAAAGUU